AAUGAAAACCUGUAUUACAAUACCUGUUUUCUGAGAUACAGGUAAAAGUUAAUGAUGUGUAAUUGUAAUGUGCCAAUAUAUCUGUCAUACCUUUGCUUUUUAUUUAAUACAAACUUUGUAGUUGCUUGGCAUGCAGCUCUGUCUUGAAGAAGCCCUUUGGUCAGUGGUUUCCAAUGUCUGCUUUAUUCACAUCUUUAAAAUUAAGUGUUGCUUAUUCUUUUUACGACUUGCUCUUAUGUGCUACAACCUAUUUUGUGUUGGCACUCAGUGCCGUAAAAAUGCAAACUAAUUUUAUUUAGCACAAUAUUUGGCAUGUACUGUACACCUAAAAUCCAUAUGUGACCACUAAGUUCUUUUAAAAUUAAAUUACUGCUUUUCAGCUUGACUCAGGCAGUGGUCCCUGAGGAAAGAGCCAAUGUUAUAAACUAACAACGUCUGGUCUUUUAACAUGAUUUUUUGUCUACGUACCCCAGUGACCUACUUUUGGUUUCAUUCACCAGAUCACAAUGGGAAAGGGUUCCAUAACUGUUGACAGUACCUGGCUGCUCUUCAUUGGGGGUGUUGAGGUUUUCGUAACUGUGUGUGUCCGUUUUGUUGUUUUUUUAUGUAAGACUCUGAUACGCCUGAGUCGUACAAAACCCUGGCCUCUCUGUGCGACAGCUGCAGCUGGCUUGAAAUGUGCGUCAUCCCCCACACUGUGAAGAUAUGAGAGUUAUUUUACUUUUCAGGACCCCUUCAGCGACAGCACAGGGAGACUGCCUGUACGGACAAUCGCCAAGGCCCAGACGCAGCGCCCCCCUGCCGAGGGUUAAUCACGAGAAUAAAAUAACGAUCUGCACAAUUAGCUCAAGUUCAAGCCUGCAGGCCCCGGGAUUUUGUGGACCCCUUAAAUGAGGGAAUGAGAGACCCCUCACACUGAGCUGACGGCUGUUUAAAAAAAACAAAACGUUACAAAACCCAUUACUUUUACACAGCUGAGUUGAGUCUGGCAAAAUAAUAAUAAUGCUUUUCCCUUGGGAAAUAUGUGUAAAGUGUGGAGUAAUUGAAGAGAAAUUUAGGACACUUAGAAACAGAAAAGUUUCAUUAGAAACAGUUGAUGAAUUAUUAAAGGUUCAUCUUUAAUUGACGUUUACAGAAUGUUGCAUGUAAAUAAAACAAAUCUCAGAUGCUUUGCGAGUCUUGGUGAGUAAUGGGAUGGGAGACCUCCAGGGAAAACCAGAUUGGUGUUGUAAAGAAAUGUUGGUAGACCAGUAGGUGGCACUAUUCCCUAUGCAUCAUAAUCUCUACUGAGAACAGUGUGCUGGGGAAGGUGUUAUCCUUUGGGUGAUGUGUUAAACUUUGGUUGUGAUCCCAUGGCCUAAGAGUAGGUGAGUUAACCCAUGUGUCCUUGCUAAAUUCCAGUUUGGUUUGCGAAAUCUGGUCUAUCUAAAACUUCUUCUUCAAAUGAAAUGGGACAGCUGGCAAAUUAUUAUUAGUGAAUGAAUCAGUCUCCUAUUAAGAAGACAAUUAUUACAUUAUUUUACCAGCCCUUGCUUUUUUUGAAGUUCUUGAACAGUAUUACAGUACAUGUAAUUUUGGGGAGUUGUAAUUGAAUUGUAAAUUAUCACUUAACAGUCUUUUUACCCUGUGUCAAAAGCCUAUAUUUAGUUUUUCGGAAAUACUGUGACAGAAGCUGUGCAUGAAAGCAGUAUUUUGUAUUUGUAAAUGCAGAUCACCCAAAAGCAUAUUUUUGUAUCUCUUGAACAAAGAGUGUUUUUAAUUAAAUCACAGCAAAACAAAAGAGUAAGCCACCUGUCCCUAACAGUGAUUGUCAUUAAGCUGUACAUCAAUUUUUGGAUGGAAAUGUUUUUAAAAUACAGUGAACAACACAUGGCUCUUGGGUGUUUGGCCCCAGGGGUUCCUACUUUGCAGCUGAGCUAGGAUCUCAGCUGACUGUGUGUGACCCAGUGCUAGUCAAUCAAGACUAGUCAGCUCCUCCUGGAGUACAUUCUAAUGAAUGAAGGGCUCUUUCUGUAAUAAGAGAGGAGAAUUUCACCAAGUGAACUGCUCUGGAAUGAUGAUGGUUUUUAUGUGUCAUUUAGUUUCUCGUAGUUAUGGGGAUGGGUCUGAUGGCAAAUUUCUCUUUUUGCAUUAUGGUAAUCCUUUUAAUCUCAGUGAAAAAUGUGAACAGAAAUUGACCCGUAAGUUUAAAAGGUAAUAACUUUUGUUUUCAACUCCAUCAAAAACUUUUAUGCUCAGGGACCAGUAAUCAGUCAUUACAGAGUCACUGACUUGAAACUCCUCUCAGGAAGAGUUUGAAUAGGAAAACAAUAACAGAGGUGUGAUGAGGACAGUUUUAACAGACUUCUGGAGAAGUACACUACUUUAGUAAAACGGCUGAAAUGUAAAUGGAUGUAGCCAUCUGAGCUUCUUUAUGUAUUUUUCUGAUUUCCUUCCCGUAAAAAACAUAGUAAGAAAACAGUGUGACAAAAUUCAACCUUCUCAGUAAGAAGACUGGUGACUUAUCUUCUACCUUACUUAGCAUUAUUCACCUUUUGCUCAUUUUGUUAGCAUAUUCAUUCCACACUCUCCUAUAGUGAUCCCUUUGGGGACAGAGCACCACAGCUUGGCCCUGGAACAGGCCGUCAGUGCCCACAACAUUGGGGAACAAUGGAGGACAGUUUAAUCAAAGCACAUCAAAGGGGGAGGGAUGAAAGAGACCGCCCGCGUUUUCAUGCCAUCUCGCUCUGCCUGGGUUAGCUAACAGUUCUGAACUCCAUUGUGCAGUGUGGGUGCACAGAAGGGGCUGGAAACAGUUCAGUGUUUUCUUACACAGUCCCGAACCGGGGUGGGGAGGCAGGAUCUUCUCUACAAAAGCAUCAGCCGACCAUUAGGAAGCGUGUGUUCUCCUUGAUGUACAGAAAGAUUGGCGAUGAGCCGAUUACACACACUCACACACGUAUGUUGGCAUUGCAGAUUAUGCUGUCAUCACAAGCCAGUCAGCACUCGGGGGAUUUUAUGUUUUAAGUUGCAAUAUUUUGCUCGUUAACAAUUUUUUACCGGUGUUAACAGCACAAUAUUCAUGUAGGCAAUUUUUUGUAAUGUUGACUCCAAUUUACAGUAUAUUUUGCAUGCACUUUACAGUGCAUUUUAUACAAAAUGUGUGACUGGUACAGUAUGUAACUUGACCUCAAAGGUAGGACAAUCCCUAAAUAAUAGAAUAUCAAGCUGAUGCAUACUGAUAUACAGUAUAUAUAUUUAGAAUGUAAUUGACUGCUAAGAAUCAAAAAGAAGAGUGAAGCCUUCUGUGCCUUGAUAGGAUGGGUUUUUGUAAUAUGAAUUACUUUUUUGACUCUGGAUAUAGUUGACAGUUCAAAUGUCAGCAGGAUGACUGAUACUGUUCCAAAUGACACUGGCUUCUCACACAGGUUACCACAAGAUCAGCACGGGUGCCCAGAAGAGGCAGAACCAAGUAUCCAUCAUCCCAUCACUAAGUUAGCCAGGCCAGACAUGGUACAGAAUGUUGCUGGUCUAUCUUCUGCAAAUCUUGGAUUGCAGUUUUGCUGCACCUACAGGAAGAGAAGUCUAUAGGCUGCCUCAAAGCACUUUACAAGCCCUGUCAGAGCGCGGUACGGUGGUGCUGGAGGCGGCCCUGGCCAGUGCCCUCUCCGCCUUGGAGCUGGCAGUGUCGGAACGGAGCCGGGCGGAGCGGGGCUGCAAGGGCUGCCCGCCCUGCCUCUUUCAGGACUGUGGACAGCGCACAGGACCUUGCGAUCCAUUACAAGCUGGCUCUUCAGAGCCCAGCUGUGAGGUGAUUGACCAGGCACAGAGGCUAUCGGAUGAGAGGGAUCGUAACUGGGCACUGAGCCAGGCAUGUGGGUACUACCAGCGACGCUGCCAGGCUGGAGAGGUGGGGAAGGAGAGCUGUAUCAGGAUCAUGGGAGAGAGCUGCAGCGCCCGUGUCCUGCAGUGCAGGUUACUGAACACCAUGCAGAACCUGGAUACGGUGUCCGAGACUAAAGGCCUAGGAGUGUGUGGGAGAAAGAUGGUGGCAGUACAGAAUGUUACUCAGCCACGCUCAAGAAUAGUGGGGGGCUUUCCUGCUGCCCCUGGUGCUUGGCCCUGGCUGGUCAAUCUGAGGCUGGAGGGAGAACUAAUGUGUGGUGGGGUACUUGUGGAUAGCACCUGGGUCCUGACAGCUGCCCACUGUUUCACUGGGAGCCGUAGUGAAAAUUCCUGGACUGCGGUGGUGGGGGAGUUUGACAUCACAAAGACUGACGCUGAAGAACAAGUCAUGAAGGUCAACCGCAUCAUCAGUCACCCCAAGUUCAACAAGAAGACCUUUAACAACGACAUUGCCCUGGUGGAGCUGACGUCUCCGGUGGUCCUCUCUGACAGGGUGACUCCUGUGUGUCUGCCCUCGGGGGAGGAGCCAGCCGUGGGGACACCCUGCUCAGUGGCUGGCUGGGGCUCUCUCUAUGAAGAUGGCCCCUCUGCUGAUGUGGUCAUGGAAGCCAAAGUGCCCAUUCUCUCUCAGAACACCUGUAAAAGUGCUCUUGGCAAGGAGCUGGUCACCAACACCAUGUUCUGUGCUGGCUACCUCUCUGGGGGCAUUGAUUCCUGCCAGGGUGAUUCGGGAGGCCCCCUGACCUGUCAGGACCCUGUUUCAGGACGGUUCCAGCUGUAUGGCAUCACAUCCUGGGGGGAUGGCUGUGGAGUGAGGGGGAAGCCUGGGGUGUACACCCGUGUGACCGCGUUCUCUGACUGGGUCCGCAGUGAGAUACAGAAGUCCUUGGGGAGUAGGGAGCCUACCUGUCCCGAGCUGCUGCGCACAUCAGAGCUGUCAGAGGAGCAGCAGAGGUCAGAGUUCAGUGCCCUGUGCCGCUUUUAUGUCAACUCCUGCUCCCCGCUAAUGGGCACUGCCGCUUGCACCCACCUGGCCGAGGACAAGUGUCGCACCCGCUACAAAAAGUGCCAACUGCGCUCCUUUCUGCAGACUCUGCUGGACCUCCUGCAGCGAGCAGAUGUCUACAUCAGAGAAAAGGUGGACCUGUCCUUCUUCACAAAGACUCUCCCUCAGCUGGUGGAGCACAUCUACAGCACUGCCUUCACCACCCGUGAGCGCAGGGAGGCGCCUUCCCAAACAGAGCAGGUAGCGCUGUCUGUCCAGCCCGGAGAUGUUGCUGGCCGCACAAUCCCCCUUUUUAAGGAGGUGGGACCUCUUGUGGAGGACUGGGCUGAGUACCUCAGGGGGAUUGCUGAGGAUCUGGAUAACCUGACCAACCAUAAGGACCACAAAUCACCACACCAGGAGAAGACCUUAUUUCUACAGGCUGAGGCCCCUGCUGUACACAAGCUGGAGAGGGAGUAUCGCUCUCUCAUUGAGCUUCUGCACUCCAAGCUGGGUUCUGGGGUGGCUUCAUCAGCAAUGGACAAGUACAUAGAGCCUCUUCAAGAGAAAAAACCUCUGCAAGGUGUAGAUGGAGAGCCAGGCCUAAAAAGGACAUCAACACUCACUGCUUCUCCCGAACUUCAGGAACCUACCCUAAUAUCCGCCAUUUCUGCAGCAGGGGAACUCAAAGCCAGGACAACGAAGGGAAGUUAUGGAGAGCUUACUACCUCUAUGCCCCAGGGGUCUGAUCUAGCACAUGCGACAGCUGCAUUUGAACAGCAUGAACCCAGUACAGUCAAGGCAUCUACUGUAGAAUAUAAACCAGCAUUUUCUGAGUCUUCAACCCAGGCACAUGCUCUCAUAAGAGGUGGAUCGAACACAUUACCCUCUUCCCCCACGGGGACUGUUUUUGCUGCAUCCCAGCCAGCCAUAGAGUCAUCUUUCACAAAACAGAUGGAGGUCUAUCCGAGACAUCGAAAUCUGCGCAAGCGACAGGUGUCUGGGACCAGCAACAAAGCACUGUGCCCUGGUGAGAGUGAAUCUGCACAGCAUGUUAAUAUGGUCAGGGAGGCAUACCGCUGGAUACUGGGAAUUCCCAGCAAGAACCUCUGUAUGACCUUCCAAGAGGUGCUUGUGGACAUCGCCUCCAAGAAUGAGAAAGGCCUGUAUGAGGCGCGGGUUCGAGCCACAGUUGGUGGACGGCCUUUCACGUUCUACAGCCUGGUGGGAUUGGAGAGUGAGUCGUUCUACCGCAGCAUGCCUCGGGUCAUUGCUCUGGCGCUCGAUGCACUUAAGACAUAAGGUUAGAAUAGCCAAGCAUGUCUAGCAGGCAUGGUGCACGGAAUCUCAGUCUCUCCAGGUGGCCUGUCUGUCAGCAUCUUUGAACGACACAGUCCCCCGAAUGCCAAAAUGAUACAUUAAACAUAUAUGAAACAGCAGGUUUAUGAAUGUGGAAUCCAGCUGUGUGGCAGAGUCUGAACUUUAUCUUUACCCAGACAUCUUCCUCUAGUUACACAGCAGGAAGAUGGACAAUAGAUCUUGGUUUUAUGCACAUUAGAUGUUCUUAUUUGUAUUUACAAUUGUCCCAAUCUGAAUUGAUCUACAUGGAAUCCUUUCUUUGAACCCCUUGAACCCUUGAAUUUCAUCCUGUUGUCCUGGUUUGCUUUGAUGGUUGCCAUGCAGUGCUUAUGCCUUGUUAUAGAUUUUUGUUGUGCCAACUCUUAAAUAUUUAAGGGCAGUACUUUUUCAAAGUACUGCAAAAUAUAUGAAACUCUUUUAGAAGAAAACAUCAUUCACAAGAGCCAUCAACUACUAAUACAAGAAAAAAAUUGAUCCUGAAUUUCAAGUUCUGGAAUUUCUAGCCAGUGUUGAGUGCUGAAGUGAAAUUCUGUAAUCAGAGUCUACCAAAUUAGGUGAUCUCGCCUGUGUUUAGAUCCAGUUCUCAGUCUUAUGUUAAAACCUGUUUAUAGAUAUGUACAGAUGUCCACAUGAUAAGUUAAAGAAUUGUUUUGACAAAGGUUGAACCUUUAAAAAAAUACAAG